CUCUUCAAAAAAAGGGAGCAGUGCCUCCCUUUCAUCCUUCUGAUGUCACUCAGCCUAUAUAAAGACAAUCUGCUAAAAGCCCAGGAGGAAAACCAUUCUCUGACUAACCUGUUGUAGACAGGUCACACCAGACACUGGAUUUGAAUGACAAGAAGUUUUAAUACUGCUUUUCUUAGCCGAUAUUUUUUCCCAAUUAAAGCUAAACUGUGUUCUGACACGUGGAGGCUGAAAAGAUUAUUUUUCCUGUCCUCUGCUCCGGAGGUAUAAUUCUUUCCAUUGCAGAUAUGUCUGCUUCAGGCUUGAACAACAGGGCGAAGAGCCAUUUCAGUCUUCAAGAGGAACACGAGCUGGAAGGCAUGGAGAAAGGAGCCUGGGUGAACCCUGCUUACAAUGCCUCUCCUCCAAUGUCCCCACUGAACAUCAGCACUGUCUACAACCCCAAGCCCACUUUGGAGAAUCCCUAUGGAAACAUUAGCAAGCUGGAUGUUCCUUCUCCUUACUGUGCGGACAUCAGGGCUCUCGAACCUUCUGGAGAAAAGAAGAAGUCUCCCGGUUGCUGUUUCUUUCUUGCCAAAGGAAUACGAGGCCUAUGGGGCACAACCCUGACAGAGAACACCUCAGAGAACCAGGAGCUGUAUCUCAGGACCACCCUGAGGGAGCUGCUGGUGUACAUUCUGUUUCUCAUCGAUAUCUGUCUGCUGACAUAUGGGAUGACCAGUUCAAGUGCCUACUAUUACACUACAGUGAUGACAGACCUGUUUGUGAACACACCCAGUGAUAAUGGAGUUACUUUUCAAUCCAUUGGUGAUAUGGCAGACUUCUGGUCAUUUGCCCAGGGCCCUUUGCUGGACGGCCUUUACUGGAGCAAGUGGUACAACAAUCAGUCGUUAAGCAAUGGUCCUCACUCCUUCAUCUACUAUGAGAACAUGCUGCUCGGGGUCCCUCGAGUGAGGCAGAUCAAGGUGCAGAACAAUUCCUGCAAGGUGCACCGGGACUUCCGGGCGGACAUCUUGGGCUGUUACGAUGUCUACGAUCCACAAAAAGAAGAUACUGUUGCGUUUGGUCUUAUUAAUGGAACAGCCUGGCAGUACCAUACAGAAGAUCAAAUGAAUGGAUCUUCGCAAUGGGGAUUACUGGCCACCUACACUGGAGGAGGGUACUAUCAGGAUCUCAAGAUGACCAGGGAUGAGAGUGCAGACAUCUUGAUGACACUCAAGAAUAACUUGUGGUUAGACCGGGGCACAAGGGCAGUCUUUGUUGACUUCUCAGCUUACAAUGCCAACAUCAACCUGUUCAGUGUCAUCAGCCUGUUGGUUGAAUUCCCUGCCACUGGGGGAGCAAUACCAUCGUACCAGAUUCGGACAGUUAAGCUCAUUCGAUACAUCAAUAACUGGGACUACUUCAUCGCUGGUUGUGAAAUUGUCUUCUGUGUGUUCAUCUUCUACUAUGUGGUGGAGGAGAUACUGGAAUUGCGGAUCCAUAAGCUGUCCUAUUUUACCAGUAUCUGGAACAUUCUUGAUGUGGUGGUUAUACUGCUUGCUAUCAUAGCAAUCAUAUUCAAUGCUUUUCGGACCAUUAAAGUGAACUCGUUACUGGGGAAACUUCUGGAACAGCCUGAUAUUUAUGCAGACUUUGAAUUUUUAGCAUUUUGGCAAACCCAAUACAACAACAUGAAUGCUGUUAAUCUGUUCUUUGCCUGGAUUAAGAUAUUCAAAUACAUCAGUUUCAAUAAAACAAUGACCCAGCUCUCCUCCACACUGGCUCGCUGUGCCAAGGACAUCCUGGGUUUUGCCAUCAUGUUCUUCAUUGUCUUCUUUGCCUAUGCGCAGCUGGGCUACCUGCUUUUCGGAACCGAGGUCCAAACUUUCAGCACCUUUGUCAAGUGCAUUUUUACCCAGUUCAGAAUAAUUCUUGGAGACUUUGAUUACGAUGCAAUUGAUCAAGCCAACCGGAUCCUGGGUCCAAUUUAUUUUGUCACUUACGUAUUCUUCGUCUUCUUUGUCCUGCUUAAUAUGUUUCUGGCUAUAAUCAAUGACACAUACUCGGAAGUCAAAGAAGAACUGUCAAAGCAGAAAGAUGAGCUUCAGUUAACUGACUUUUUAAAACAGGGUUAUGUGAGAACUUUGAUGAAGCUGAAACUAAAAAAAGAAAAAAUCUCUGAUGUGCAGAAGGCUUUACAAUCUGGAUCCAAGGAACUGGUAUUUGAGGACUUUAGAAACAGCCUGAAAGAGAUGGGGCAUGCCGAUCAAGAGAUCACUGCCGCCUUUACAAAAUUUGAUCAUGACGGAAACCAAAUACUGGAUGAGGAAGAGCAGAACAGGAUGAAACGAGAGCUGGAGGAAAAGCGGGUUGCUCUCAAUGCAGAAAUAGAACACCUGGGAAGAAAUUAUGGCAAUAAUACACUGCACCAGUCUGCAGACAUUGUUGAUGUGAAGAACAGCAAUAUUAAUAAAGCUGCUGGAGUGUCCCAUGAUGAGUUUCAGAUGCUGUUACGCCGGGUUCUGCAGCUGGAACAUUCUGUUGGGAGCAUCGUGUCCAAGAUCGAUGCUAUCACGGUGAAACUCGAAAAUCUGGACAGAACCAGAAUGAAACGGAAAGAUGUCACGGGAACACCACUAGAGAAUAUAAGUGAAGUUGAGAUGGCCAGAAAUCUGGAUGGCUUGGUAAACGAUCAGAUAAACACCUGGGCCACGGCAGCAUCACAGGGGAAGGCUUUGGGCGGGACAACACAUGAAACAAAGAGUAACCUUUAUCCCAGAAUAGGGUGGCCUGGAACUUUAGACUCUGCACUACCACCAAUGAAAACCAGCAACCAUUCAUAACUUUAAAGCAGCUAAAAUCAUUUCAAAGGCCAAGUUUAACUUUCAGUAUCACAUGUAUAAAAUCUAAGAGACGAAUUCUUAAUCUAAGAACAGACAUUUAGGAAGGACCUUGCUAAGUGAAAAUGGGAGGUAAAAGUAGAAAUAAAUGAAAAAAACAAUGAUUUUAGUAAUAUGAAAUACAUUGAGACAAAUGCCUAAAUUAUCUGCGUUAUGGUUUGUUUUGUUCUUAAAUCUAAAACUAUUUUUAUUUGCUUCAAGAAAGAGCAGACAUGAAUUCCCCAAAGCUUACAUACUUUGAGGCUUUUAUGAAAGAGAAAUAAUCAAAUUAUUAAAUUACUCUAAAUUAAAUAAAUCAUUUAGGUUGUUUGUGAUUCGUUUAAUGAUUCUUAUUUAAAUAUUUUCAUAACUGUGAUGCCACCUGGUUUAGUAAUUGGAAACGUAUUGUCCUACAUUCUCUGUUACUUGUAAAGUUCAUCAAGUUUGUGAUCACUAUAAAUUACACAAAUAUUCACAAACAAAAAAUCCCCAUUUGAUUUAUUCCCACUUUUCUGCUCAGCCUUGUACCUUGAAGUAGAGUCUGAAAAUACCAAGCUCUUCUGUGUUUCACCAUGUUAUGAAGCACUAGUGGGAGAGAUGCAUUUAAACUUAUCUACACUCUUUUCAAUGUUGACUUCUAUCUAAUACAAAUGUGGUAGAGUCUAGCUGACAGAUCACGUGCUUUUUAUCAAGCUUGUGGUUAGUGGAGUAAUAAUUGCUCUCAAAGGAAGCAAAUACAGUAGUUUCAGUGUCAAAAACUCUUCAGCUACUUAAGCAGGUAUUUGCUAGAGGAAACAAGGAGCCUGUUGCUCAGUUUUCAUUGAGCUUUACUGCACUUUAUUCUUCUUUCUCCUCUUUACUCCGAUUUUUCCAUGUUAAACUAUAUCUUUAGCAGACAAAAGUGUCAUAUGUGCUUAGGUAUUGUGUUAAAGUAACUAUUUUUUAUAUUGCCUAUACUCACAGGGAUUGCUCCCUUCCAGAGACAUUUCCAUUUCCAUUGAAAGCUUUUAGACUUUUUAUGUAGUGCUCUAGUUUGGAUGUAAAUUACAUACAGUAUAUGAUGCAGAGGACUGAACAUGAGCAGCAUUAUACUACUAAAGAUUACGAUUUAUACCCAAUGAUGGCAAAAAAUACAUCAUACAAUACACAUAUACAUUGUGUUAUAUUUUUAGCUAAAUAUUUUCUAAGAGUAAUAUAUGUAUAUCAUGCAACAUCUGUGUAAUUUAUCACAAGCUGUUUUGUCACCAGUGGAAUACUGAUGUAGAAACAAAUGUAGAUACCAUUGUUUUGUGAAAUGACAAACUUCCCUUCGAAGAUGCCACAGCAAAAAUACACUUCUGAGGUCUUCUUAGAUAUACAACACCGUCCAUUAAUGUUCAUGUGUGAUUAGUUACAAACACUGGAUAAAAAAAAUGUUGCAUGUAUUUUUUUUAAAUAUCACACUAUCCCUUUUAACAUUUCAGGAAAGUUUUUAAUCUUUAUCAGCCCUAGCUAACUUUCUUUGCUCUUUUUUACUUAAAUAAGCCUCCAAAAGGAUCUCAAAGUGCUUCACCUUUCAUCUGAAGUGUGGCACCUAACUGGGUGAAACACGGCAGUCACAGUGUGUCAACAGCCCCACUACACUAGAUCAGCAGGAAAAGUCAGAUACCACUUCAUGGACUGAGUUAAGGGAGCAUUUUACAGAGGCCAGAUUGUGCAACCCCUGAGGCACUGGGAUUAAGCCAGGACACCACUGUUAAAACACCCCUUCUCGACUGACAAGUGCAUGUGAUGACCAAGUAGUAGAACUCCCACCCCGAAUGUCCCUGGUCACCAUGGGGGGACACCAGUCUGGUCAAUUUGAUCCAGAGGAAAAACGUCAUCAUUUGCUGGUCCACUUAACACCCCUGUAGCAGCAACUUUGUUCUCUUUAGAGGUCACCCACCAUUGACCAGGCACAGCAUGGCUUUGCUUGGAAGAUCUGAGAUGAUCAGAUUGUGAAAUGACAAUGCUGUUGCACACAAAUCACUGACCAGCAAAAACCAGGUCACCAAAACAUUGCAAUGUUCCUAGAAGAGAAGAAUAACUGAAUGUUUUUUUUAGGAAAAUAGAAUGAGCUUGCUGAUUAUUUCUCUUGUUCAGAGUACUUUGCUAAGGCAAACAGGGAGACAUCAACACAGGGAGGGGGAAAAGCCAUGGAAAAACUUGUGCGUCUCCUUGUUGUAGAAGUGCCAGCUGGAAGGUGGCCAAGCUUCACCUUUGAUAAGUCUCUUCUUCAACACAUUUGCAAACUGUUCUGAAUGAUUUAAAUAGUUACUCCACUGUGGCAGUGACCAGGUUUACCUCUUCCUUCCAAGUAAAUGCUGGUUAUGCUGUGUGUGCCCUGUAAUGGACUGGAGUUUCACCCUGGAUAUAGCGCCACUGUUCUCUACCCUUCCAGGACAGGUCUCUCACAGUGUAAUGGUUUGGUGCUAAAAGGCUGCAAACCAGACCAUUUUGAGAAGUGAUCAUUAAAUAAUCAAGAUCACAGUAGCCGUAAAAAAAUGUACAGAUUGAGGUCUUUAAAUAAACAAACAUUUUCAAUGCUUGCAUUUUGAAUGCAUAAAGAGGUUACAACUAGACUGCAGACUAGUCCACACAAAAUGGCAAGCAACAGCAGUGUUUAAAAAGGGAUAGUGGGACAGAUGUAUACAGUAUCUUCAUAUUCUUUUAUGCAACAUUCUGUUGUGAAUUAUGUGUCUAUUCGGGAACACGUUGUUGAAUGCGUCCGUUAAUGCCUACCAUCAUAUAAUCAAUUAAAUCCUGUAGUUUUAUUGUGCUAAAAUGUAUUGUAAACUUUUUCAGAAAUCUUCUGUAAUGUGUGUCUUCUAUGAAAAU